AUGAAUUUAAAUUAUUUUCAAGAUUCUAUAGAACAAGCUAAUUUGGUUAAUAAUAACAAUAAUAUUUUAGAAAUACAAGUUGAUCCUUGGAACACCAAUACUUCUUUAGACUUUAAAACUAUUAUUUUUCCAGAAAACAACAACAGUAUCGACAGCAGUUUAUCAUCAUUAACAAACGCUUCAGUAAAAUUUAAAAAAACCAGCUUUCCUCGUAAAUUACCUCUUACUCCAACAACUGAACAUCCGCUUGAUCAACCCACAGAUUUACCAGCUGCUACAUUAAUAACAUUUUCAAAAAAAUUUAUUUUUAAUUCUAAUAAAGCUUAUUUACCUACUUAUUUAGAAUGUUAUGAUGAUAAUGAAGGAAAAUCGUCAUCAAUUGAUAAUAGUUUAGAAAAUAAACUGGUUGCCGUACAUAUUGUAAAACCUUCUGACACAUUGCCAGGUAUUGCAUUACUUUAUGGAAUUGAGUAG